UAUUCUAAUUUCUUCCUGGUGAUUUGUGUUGACGAAGUGGUGCCAUUAUUCUGGAAAGUUGGAUUUUACGAUCAAAUUAUGGCCUUAGCGAGGUAUCAACAACAAUCCGCGCGAGCCACUCGAAUGAAGCUCGGGUCGGGCAGCGAGUGUGGCGGUGGGGGGUCGGGCGGCGGCGCGCCCGCUCCACAGUCGGCGCGCGUGUCCUCCAACGGCGCCGGCGGGAUGGCGGUAAGCCGCGUGCCCAGCCCGUUGCAUGACGGGAAUACGCCCGUCGCAGAAAACUGGUGUUUCACACAGGUCAAAGUGGUGAAGUUUAGUUACAUGUGGACAAUAAAUAAUUUUAGUUUUUGUAGAGAAGAGAUGGGUGAAGUGUUAAAAUCAUCGACAUUCUCAGCUGGUGCUAGUGAUAAAUUAAAGUGGUGUCUUCGCGUUAAUCCAAAAGGACUCGAUGAAGAGAGCAAAGACUAUUUAUCGUUAUAUUUAUUAUUAGUGUCGUGUAAUAAAUCAGAAGUUCGGGCAAAGUUUAAAUUUUCAAUAUUAAACGCGAAAAGAGAAGAAACGAAAGCUAUGGAAUCACAACGCGCGUACAGAUUCGUCCAAGGCAAAGACUGGGGAUUCAAAAAAUUCAUAAGAAGAGACUUCCUAUUGGAUGAAGCGAAUGGCCUUCUACCAGAAGACAAACUGACGAUAUUCUGCGAGGUGUCAGUUGUCGCAGAUAGCAUUAAUAUUAGCGGGCAAAGCAACGUCGUUCAGUUUAAAGUACCAGAGUGUCGGUUGUCAGAUGACUUGGGUGCACUCUUUGACAACGAGAGGUUUUCUGAUGUCACGUUAGCGGUGGGAGGAAGGGAGUUUCAGGCGCACAAAGCUAUUUUAGCAGCGCGGAGUCCUGUAUUCGCGGCAAUGUUUGAACAUGAAAUGGAAGAGAGGAAAAGAAAUCGCGUAGACAUUACAGACGUUGAUCACGAAGUUCUACGAGAGAUGUUAAGAUUCAUUUACACGGAUCGCGCGCCAAACCUCGACAAAAUGGCUGACGAUUUAUUAGCUGCAGCAGACAAGUACGCGUUGGACAGACUAAAAGUGAUGUGCGAGGAAGCGUUGUGCCUGAGCUUGUCAGUAGAAACGGCAGCCGAUACGCUGAUACUAGCCGAUUUACAUUCUGCAGACCAACUAAAAGCGCAGACCAUCGACUUUAUCAACACGAGUCACGCGACGGACGUGAUGGACACGGCGGGCUGGAAGAACAUGAUAUCGUCCCACCCGCACCUCAUCGCGGAGGCCUUCCGCGCGCUCGCCACGCAGCAGCAGCAGAUCCCGCCCAUCGGGCCGCCGCGCAAGCGCGUCAAACAGGCGUAGGCGCCGCACCCCGACCGCCUCAUACCAAAGAUCCGAUCACUUCCGACGCGUCUCGAGUCUCGACGAAGACGCAUCGUCCGUCUCUUUCUUUUGAUAUUGGAGUGAGAGAGAACGAACCACUGGAGCUGUUAUAGCAGUUAGCCCGCUCCGACUGCACCGUCUCGUUACGACUGUUACGUAAGACUUGUUGUUGACAUUGGGGAGGAUGCUUUACCCGUUUAUUAUUAAUGAUAGUGGAAUGAGAGAAAAUAUGCGACGGUGGCUCCGUACCUGCAAUGAGCCCGCUUCGUCUGGAAUUUGAACCGACUUCGCAUGCAUUACGACCAUUAUGACUCGUCGAUAUAGAGUUCUACGCGGAUCAAUCUCUUUGUGAAUGUAUGCGAGCGAAUUGUUAGGAUUACAGAUACGGCAUCACUGGGAUCCUUUAAAACAAUAGCAGAGUAAUAGCGGAGAUACCUGACAACCCAAGUUUACGCCCGCAGCGCUAAACCUUCACUAUACAGACUUAAUGAUAAAUUGUUGGUCGUAUUUUACCUCGAUUAAUGUAAAACGAUAAAAAGUACAUGGUGUGAAUAAAAUACAUGGCUUUCUCUAUUUUUA